CUUAGCGUAAUUUUCGUUUUAUUAAUCUGAACACACUGGGAGUGCCAAAAAAAAUGUCAUCAACCACAUCUCCCAUCCGUGAGUCAUCUUUUUCAAUAAUAUAAUCCUUAUAAUAACUCGUCCAUUUCGUUUUCUAUUUUUCUGAUUAUUUCGUCGACAGCGAUACGAUAGCAGCUACAGCACUUUUGAAUUUGACAUCACGACUUCCGACUACGAUUUAAGAUAGUAAGAUCAUUUUUUAAAUUGGGCUUCCGACCAAAUUAUAUUGAUAUUUUGUUUUUAUAAACUACAAUUGAUUUACAUUGGUUUUUAGUACUAUAAUAGGCAUGGGCAUUGAUAACUUAAUUUUAACAUUUUCUCGUUGCUCACAAUUAUAUUGGUUAAACUGGAUCGUAUAUCGGUGUAGAUACCUUCCGGCCGGUAUUUUAAUAUUAUAUUGUAUUUUGUACAGAGUUUAGAAGUUCGAGUAUUUUGUAGUUUUGAUUUCUGAUUUUUGUGUUCGUUUGUCCAUUAAGGUCAUUAUAUAAAAGUACUUCGAUUAUAAUGAUUUAUAAUUGAUAAUAAAAAUAUUAUACAUAUAAUUACAGUUGAGAUUCCACGUUUUCCCAUCCGACAUCGUUGGACUGCCACGAGUGUAAUCUCGGCGUGUAAUGGCGACCGACGUCAAGAAGUAAGUAACCACCGUACUAGUAAUAAUGCGAAUUCGUAGUAUUUAUCGUGUGCCAAAUAUAUAAAUGUAUAUCACGAUGACGAUAGUCGUGGUUUUUUGUAUCAUUAUCAAUUAAUACGAUAUUUUAAUAGAUAUGUAGGUAUCUAUAUAACAGUCAUUUCCUACCAACAUCAUUUAAAGUAGGUAUCUCGGUUAUUGAAUGAAUAAAUAUGAGAAUAUUUUAUUCACCAAUUAUUAAAAGAUAAAUGUAAUUUUUCUAUUAAAGUGUCAAUCAUCAAAUAACAAUGUUCAUCUCUAAAUAUACUACAUGGAAAAAUCUGAUCACCCCCCAAAAGGGGUUUUUGUGAAAAAAGUCAUGUUAGCAAAAAAAACUAAAUAUUAAAAGUUUCUUCGAUUUUUUUAAAUUUAUUUUAGAAUUAAAUUCUUUUAAGUACCUAAUACAUAUCUUUUGUUAAUUUCCAAUGUCUAUUUUAAUUCAUAUUUUGUCUGCUUUACAUUUUGUAAAUUAAAUUUCCAGCUCAUUAGAAACUUUUAUUUUUUACAUUGUACUACUUAAUCAUAUGAACUUUUAUGACAAACAAACACAUAAUAUAAUAUUAUAUAGAUAGGUGUUGUUUUUUUAAAUCAAUGUACUUAACUAGGUUAUUAAAAUAAAAUUCUUUAUUUAUAUAAAAAUUUAAACUUAACUGAUUGAAAUCAAUAAUCUUAUACAUCUUUUGGUUGAAGUCUAGAUUUUGGGUCUGAGAAAAAUGUCAAAAUUGGUCUACCAAAUAACAUAAAAUAGUUAAAUUACCUAUGUAAUAUUAUAUAUGAUAAUUCACUCUUCACAUUUGCACUUAUUCAUAUAUAGGAAAUAGAUAAAAAAAAAAAAAAAAAUCAUGUCUUCACAAAUUAUAAUAGGUACCUACCUACAAAUUUAAAAUUUCAUUACGAUAUAUAAAAAAAUGUAUGAUUAUGUACGGACUGAAAAUGGUAAAAUCAAAAAUCUGAUCGAUAGAGUGUUGUUUUCAAGGAUGGUAUGUAAACAAAAAAUCUAUGUAACAUUUUUUUCUCAGACCCAAAAGCCAUACUUCAUCUCUUUCUCCACUCAAAAACUAAAAUAUUUAGUUUUUAAUUAGCUUUAUUAAGGAACAAUUAAGUUCCUUAUAGGUAUUAUAUCUUUUUGUUUGUUUUAUAAUUUUAGACCUGAAUGCUGGCUAUCUACUAACUUUUAUUUAAACGUAAUGAAGUACAUGGUUUAUAAUUUACUAAGAAUUUCAUUUGAUAUUGCUGCAUAUAUCUUGCUCCAAUUUAGUACAUUAUUUCAAUGUAUAUCUGAAAAACUUAAGAUAGCAGGAAAUGCAAUCAAUUUAGCAGGGUCACCUGUUAAACAAAGGUAAUAAUCAUACAUUUUUUAAAAUAAAUAUUAUUAAAACAUUUUUUAAUAAUCAAAUAUAAACUUUUUAAAUUACUAUAAAUCUCAUAUUCAGUAUUUGAUUUCUUAAAAUAAACUUUCACAACAAUUUAUGCAAUCAAGUAAAUAUUAGGUAUUUUACAUACUUAAAAUUUAAAAAUGUUUAUCUCAUUUCUUUUAAAGUUUUAAUGAUACUUUAUAACUUUAAUUUUUACCAAAUUUUAUUAUUGUCCCUCUCUAUCCCCAGAUUAUAUAUUUUUUAUUAAUUUAUUUGGUAGGUGUGAAGAUUAUUCUUCAUUAGGUUAUGUUAUGGGUUCCAAUAAAAAUAAAGAACAAAUUGAAAUAAAUAAAUUUGUCACCAACCUUGUAAAGAAUGAAUCAUGCAUUGAGUAAGUUUUAUACAAAUAAAUAACAUAUUUUAUUGACAACAGUGGUGUAGUAAAGUUCACAUAGAUCCUCCACUGCUAAAACAGGAAAAACCUAGUCUUUGAACUUUUUGAUUAGUUUUUAAACAUUGUUUUUUUAAUACUUAAAAUAGGUAUGCCUGCGUCUAAUGAAGUAUGUUACAUCUACUUAAUGAAAUUUCUCAUUUCACAAAGUGUACAUACCAUAUACAAUUUAUUCGGUAUAAAUGCAAUUUAGCUCCCUAGUGAUUUUUUAUAAUUUUUUUGGUACUUAUUUUGAUAGUACUUUUAAAAAAGGCUUCCCAAACUUUCUUUGAAAAGUAAUGCCAAACACAAUUUUAAAAUACUCAAUUUCCUAAUAUCGUGUUUUUAAGUUUUAAACUACAAAACAUUUAAAUUUUUGUAAAUGUUAGUAUUUUCGUGAUAAACAGCUUGAUGAAAUCAGAAUUAAUCUAUUGUACUUGUUAUUUAUAUUAUUGUUAACAAACCUCACAAAACUUAAUUAUAAAGUUAUUCCAAAAAUUUACAUAUUAAAGUAACUUAAAAUUGACUUUUUUUUCAUUUAGUGUGCAAUAACAGAUAUAACCACCAAUUCUUUUUCCAUCAUGGAUUUUUUUAAAUUGACGUUAUUAAUGUUUGAAAUUACUUUAUAAUUACGUCUAAUGCAGUUUGCUAACAAUAACAUAAAAAGCAAAUAGGUACUAUAAGUUAAUACUAGUUUCACCAAUUGUAGAUUAUGAUAAUACUAACAUUUACAAAAAAAAGUCCAAAUUUUUUAAUUUUUAAUAUUAUAAAACUAUUUUUUGAAAAAUCAAUUAAUUCAAAGUUUUUUUUACCAUAACUUUUAAUGGAAGUUUGAGUGACUUUUUGAAAGUACCAUCAAAUUAAGCAUGCAAAAACACAUUUUGAAAAAAAAAUCCCAAAAAAUGGUUUGGGAGCUAAACUGUAUUAAUUUAAUUUCUUCUAAUUAUAAAGUAUUUACAAAUUAGACAUUGAAAAUAUGCUUUGUUAAUUAUAUUUUUCUAUUAGACUCAACCUUGGACUCGACUCUCAAAAUUAUAAUCCUAUCCAUCAAAAGUAUCUAUUUACAUAUUUUCAUUAUAUACUAUUAAAAGUUUUAUUAUUAUUAUUAUUUUAUUUUUUUUAGAGCUGAAUCCCAGCCUCAAGAAGAAACAAAUACAAAGUAAACAUUUAAAUUAAAUUUAAAAAAAAAUUAAAUGUAUCUCGUGUAAAAAAUGUGUAAUAACAAGGAGUAAUUAGUACAUGUAGUCAUCUAAUUAGUUUUCUAAAAUGUGGUUAUAAUUAUAAAAAAUAAUAUGAAAUUAUUAAGUAUAAUAUUUAUUUUAAGUUAAUAUAUUUUAAUGUAGACUUCUGAAUUAUAAUAUUAAUCUGUAUUUAUUUAUAUGAUCUCUAUAAUGGUUAAUUUUGCCUCAAUAAUACUAAUUAAAUUUAUUAUAUUAUAGAUCUAUUUUAGAAACUGAUGAAAAUUUAGUUGAAUCAAUGUAAGAAAAAUAAUAUAAAAUAAAUUUGAAAGUAUAAUUAUGAAUUAUCUUGAUUUUGUCUUUGUUAGUUCUAAUCAAGAAAUUAGAGAAGAAGGAAUUCAAACAGAUAUUAUAUCUAAUUCAGAUACUAAAGAAAUAGAAAUUGAAAUAGAUUGUCAAGUCAAUCCAGAAACGGAAGAAAAAGAAAUUCAAACAGAUUGGAGAUCUAAUUCAGGAACCGGAGAAGAAGGAAUUGAAACAAAGUAAAUAUUAAUUAAUAGUAUAAUUUAUUGUAAUAUUAACUACAACAGCUUACAGCUGUAAGUUUUGUCCAAUUUUAAUAUCAUCCAAUAUUGAUUGUAUCUUUUUUUACAAUUAAUAUUUUUAAUAUUUGUAUUGAUAAUAUUGCAAAAUUAGAUAAUUACCAUGGAAAUGUAAUAGGUACAAUAGUGGUUUAUGUGGCUCAAAAUAAGCGGAGGGAUGCCUACUUUUAUACUAUUCUUAUAUUAUGGCUUAUAUAUGUAGGGGUGAUUGGAGGUGGAGAUGAGUUGAACUCCUAUGGCCCUAAACCUUAUUUUUAUAAUACAAUUUUAUAUAUAUUAUACAUUUUGGUGUUUUAUUUGUUGAUAUAUUUAAAUUUUUAUAUACAUAUAAUGAUAUUUUUAUUUAAAAUAUAAAACAUCUUUACAUAAGUACAUAAUUUAUGCACAUUCAGUUUAUCAAUAGGUUUUAACAGUAUGUAUUAUAUAAUUAUAAUUAAUUUAUUAUUAAUUCUACUGUAUAAUGAUACAGUAGAAAUAAAAACAAAUAAAAAAAUUAAUCUAUUACUACAUUACCUACUAUAGUCUAUAGACUAUAUUGACAUAUUAUGAUAUAAAAAUUUUAAUUAAAUUUACAUUGACAAUGUAAAUCGAUAAUCUUUGUGUAUAAUUAUAAGGGGGAUGUAUUAUUUUGGACAAAAUAAGUGGAGGGAUAAAAAAUGUAGAUUAUAAUAAGUGAUGGGAUGUCAUCCUUGUAUUCCCUCCACUUUGACCACUGGUUUACAAAUACAAAUGCAAUUAACAACUCUAGUUUUAAACUUUAAUACAUUUCACAAAAUAGGCACACCAGGUAAAGAUUUCUUGCACAGGGCUUCUAAAAUAAUGUCAAUGAAGGUUUAACAAAUUUGAAUUUAUGAAUACUAUAAAUUAAAUAGUUAUAGUAUUUCUGCAAACAAUACCAUACCAUAAAACAUUGAACAAAUACAUUUUUUUUUAAAAAAUACAUGUCAUUGGCCACUUCACUAUUGGUUUUCUUCAUAAUUAUUUCUAAAAUGUUGUAAUAUAAACUUUUUAUAAAACGUCAUAUUAAAAUGUUUUGCAAUGAGUGACAUUUCUUUCAGUUAUCAACAAUCAUAACAUUCAAUGGUUCCUGACCAAAGUUUUUGACAACUACAAUUUUAAAUGAUUCAUUUUUUUUGAGACUAGACUUUUGACAUGUGGUAGGUUUAAUUGCUCAUAUAUUUUUCCCUUUGCACUAAUAGUUGAAUCCUUUUAAGUAAUUCACUCAAGAUCUCAUGUGGUGAACUCCCUCAAUAGUCAACCACGUUUUCAGAAAACCAUUUUUUACUGUUCAUUUUUCUUUCUUUUGACUUUGGAUUGGUUUCUAAUGGAGUGGAAUAGUAUGAGUUAUUAUCAUGAUUAUAGAUGUAUCCAUGUGCCAUUUUAGAGUUACCGAGCCAAAUUAAAGACCCCUGAAUCCUUGAAAAAUAUCCACUCAGUGCAUGACCAUCAAGUGCCACGUAAGAUAUAAGAAUUUAGAUGUACAUUUUUGGAUAAAAUAUAAUGUAACUAACUUCAUGGGAUUUGGAUGAAAGUUUUUAGACUACCCUAAAUUUGGACCUACUACCCUAAAACCCAUCAGGAAUCCUAUCUUUUUUUAAUGUUGCCAAAUUGAAAUUGAACCUAUCAUUCAUAUAUCCAAUAGUUGAUAAUUUACAGAGCCAUUAACAUUAUCUGGCCUACAAGCUUCUACCAAUAUUAUUUAUUGAGCAAUUUGUACAAUAAUCAGUCACUAUUAGUCACUAUUGGACUUAUAAAAUGUGCCCUUCUUUAGUCAUUUUAUGUCAGAAUGGCCAUACCGUAUAAUAAACAUAUUUAUAAAUAUACUUACAUUAAUUUUCUUCGUAAUGUUUAAAUUAAAACAUUGUAUAAAGCAUAGGUGUCAUUUCAAAUAAAAUUAUUGGGUAGUAAACAUCUUAAAUAAUAUUUUCAAUUUAAAUAUUAUGUAUAAUUGUAAAACCAAUACAUUCCUAGAUGUGUGACACAUCUAGUUCUUGUUCCAACAGUGUAUUCUCUAGUAGACUACUGCUAUGUAAAACAGAUGCCACUGCAUCCACUUACUAAACCACUGAUACUAAAACUACCUAAAUAACCUUUAUUGGAUUUAUUUUUAACUAUUUAUAUUUGUAAUAUCCCAUAAUAGUAUUAAUAAAACAUUCAUGGAUUUUUCAUGAGUUUCUGUCAUAGUUAUAUUACAAAUUAUUGUUUAAUAAUAAUUAUUAGAAUUUACAGAUUCCUGAGAAAUUCCUACUUUUUUUUUUUUUUAAAGUUAUUAAUUUAUGUGAACAUGACGUGUCUGAUUAAUAAAAAUAUUAUAAUACAUAAUAAUUAAUAUUUAUCAACAUAUUCAUGGCUUUUUUAUAUCAGAUUAUUGAACCAUUAUGGUAUGUGUUUAUAAUUUAUGAUGAAAUAUACACACACUAACAUGCAUACAUACAUACAAACAGAUAGCUAAAAUCAUAACUCCAUAGAUAAUUGUUGACAAAUUAAAUUAAAUUAAAAUGAAUAUAAAACAUAAAAACAUAUGUUUUUAUUAAUUUAAAAGAAUGUUCACUUCUAAGAAAAAUGAUAUAGAUUUACUGUUUUUAGUGUGUCUACAUUGAGUUAUGACAAAUUGAUAAAAGAUGAAUGACACCAUUGGGCUGAGUUGUACUUGCACAUUUUACAUUUGUAAAAGUUGCUCACUUCACACAAUUAUUUACCUACCUUUAAUGUAUAUUUUCAAAUUUAAUCUUGUAUAUAUGUGAUUUAAUGUGCCCUGAAGCCAAUAGUGCAAUUAGAAUUUGUUUAAUGUAUUUAGGUUUUUUUAUACCACUAACCAUUAUCAAUCAUUUAUUGAAACAUUACAAGGUGUAACCAAAUUACUUUCUGAAAAAAUAACUGUAUUAUUAUGUUAUAUUACAUUAGGUACCUAUAUUAUGUAUUGUUAAUUUAUUAUGUUUAUAGAAAUAGAAAUAUGCAGAAUUAUAUUAAAUAGUAAUAGACCUGUUUUCUUCUGUGCUGUUUUGACUACAAGUGGGUGUUUGAUAUUAAAUAAAAACUAAACAUUAUACUGAAUGUUAAUCUAAUACUAAUAUUGUCUUUUUACCAUACAAAAUUAUAUUAUAUUAAUUAUAUUAGUGCUGGGCAAUUUAACAAUCUAUUAUUUUAAUUUUUUUUAAAAGUUUUCUACCAGAAAUCUUGCUUCAAAUCUUAAGAGUAGCAUCUUUUCUGAAUGAAAAUUUUAUCUAGUUGGUAGGUAAGGUACAGAUUUCUAGAUAUGACCAUUUGUUGUGUUACUUUAAAACUUAAUAUCGCUCAACUAUUAAUAUAGUGAAGAUAUUUACUUGUUUUUCAUUUAAUUUUUUUCAAUAUGAGUAUUUCAACAAUUAAAGUUGAAGCCACUUAUUAAAACAUUCCUAGAUCAUAAUGAAAUGUGUCAAUUAUACAAUUGAACAUUUAAAAGCAUAUUCUACUGAUUAUUUAUUACAUUUUAUAUUAUGUAAAAUAUGUACUUAUCUAAUGAUGUUUUUUUGCUUGAGUAACUUAUCAUGCCUUCAUAAGAGUAAUGCUGCCCACAGCCUUUUUCAUCAGAAUAGUGCUGAACUGCUUUCCUGAGAACACACACUAUGAGCUUCCACAAUUUCUUAAUUUGAUGGGGGUCUCUUGCUGAUUUAUUAUUCUAUAGCAUCAGCAUUAGCCUGUUCAAGUGUUUGAGAUUUCAAAACUACAUUACUUUGAUAUCUUCUAUUACAAUAACACACUUGAUUUUCAAUGUUUUAAAUAUACAGCUUGCCUGUACUGAGACAUCACUGUUUCUAAUAAGCAGCUUCUAAAAAAAAUUAUUUUACUCCUGCUUGAGGAGGAAAAGGAAGAUGAAUUAUUAAUAGAACAUAUUAAAUUAAAGUAAAAAAGACAAAAAGUGGAUAAACAGAAGGAUACUUUCAAAUUUUAAUUAUAAGCCUUCUGUUACAAAAUUACAUACAAAUUUGGGUUUUGAGUGGAGCAAAGAAGCUUAUGGUUUUACAAAAGUGUUUUUUUGUUUUCUGUGGACAACUUUUCUACAGAGAUCUUGCUUCAAAUUUUAUGUGUAGCACCAUUUCUGAAAGGAAAUCUGUGUGAGAAAGUACUUUAAAGAGGUCAUUUUUCGAUUUUCUCAAGUUUUCUUAUUAAAUACAAAAUACUAAAAAAUGUACGAAAUGUAUUAGUAUAUUAUUACAAUUUUUUUUCUGUGGACAACUUUUUUUACCAGCUCAAACUUUAAUGAUAGUAAUUUUUCUAAAAGAAAAUUUCUUUAAUGGGGUAGUUUUGAGAGGUAGGUUUUUGAUUUUCUCAGGAGUUUUCUCAACAAAUGUGGAAAAACGGGAUCCACUUAAUUUUUGAAUUAGAAUAAUUAGAAUUUUGUCAUAAUAUGACAUAUGUAUUGUUGGCAAAACUGCUAUCAAUUGAACUCGGAAUCCAUUUAUUAUUACUUACAGGUGCACAUUAAAUUAAUUUCUUACAACAGUGGCUGCAUCGACCCCAUUAUUCUAGGACUUACAUUUUCUUCUUAGCAUAAACUAUUAUGACUUAUUAUGACUUGUUAUCAGUUAUGGAAACAGAAUUAUCAAAAGAACCAAACAACUUAGUAAAAAAAUUUAAUUUUUGCAUGGUUUCAUGUGUGAUGGUUGCGAUACACUGCUCUUAGACUAGUGCUGUCACUGGUCACAGCAACUAGUUUCUGUAGUACUGCAAACCACUGCAUAACUAUGAGCAUAAGAGAUCAGUCUAUAGAGAUUGUGUAUUACCAAUGUGGUGGCAAGGAAACAUACCAUUAGGAAAUCAAUUUUUUUAAUUUUCCAGCAACUUUCAUAAUAAAUGAAAAACCAUAAAACUAAAAAUGACAAAUUUACAUUUAGCAAUUUCAUUAUUUUUGAUUUAUUCUAUUUUAUAUAUCAACCAGAAAUCACAGAAAUUUUCAAGUGUAAUUAUUUUUUCUGAAAAAAAAAUUGUGUUUAGUUGGUGAGUUUGAAAGUCGAUUUUUGAGUUAGUGCAGCUAUCUUGAGAAUACAGCAAACCAGGAAAGUCGGAAAUAACAAUUUUAUUAUUAUACAUUUUGUGUUUUUGUUACAAUAUGGUUAUAAAUACUUAUUAGUUUUAAAAUUUUUAUUCGUUUGACCUUUUCUAGACACGAUCAAAAAAUUUUGUUAAUUUUUGAGCUCUUUAUAGACAUUUGAUAUUUUAUUUAGAAGUUAUAAUUUGUAUAAGUGGUUUUAAAUCCCGUUUUUUAAAACAAUUAUAACUAAACUUCACCCAUAAUUUUUUUUUUUUGUAAUGGUUUGUCAUUGCCUACAGAUAAAAAUCAAAUGACUAUUUUUAUCCUACCUUCCCAAUUGUCCACCUAUAACAGUGGCACACCCAUCCCUAGUAUCAGCUCUUUUUUUAUUUUUGUUUAAUAGAACUGUUAAUAUCAAAACCAAUGCUGUUACUGAAGUAAUGUGUAAAAGAAUACUUACUAAAAGGACAGCAAUUCAUCUUAUAAACAAAUCUUUACACAAAAAUGAUGAUUUACCAAAGAAAAAAGAGGAUUUUAAAUCAAAAUGUGUCAAAGAUGAUUGGUAAGGGCAUAAUAUAAUAAUUAUGUUGUAUAGCAGUGUCAUUAUAAAAGGAGGUAAAGAGGAGGGGGAUAAAUCACCUUAUCUGGUUAAUAAAAUGUUGAUCAAUGUGUAAUACAGUUAAAAUAAAAAACAACAUAAAAUCAUAUAUAUAUGAGUCUCAAGUGUGUAAUAUUCGUUUUCCAAGUGACCAUGGUGAUUAUUGCCUUGAAAUAGAGUUUGGUAUGAUGAUUUGUAAUAAUAUUUAUUAAUUAAGAAUAUUGCGGCUGUAUCACUGUUUUGUUACCAGUUAGCAAAAGGCAUGCAUAUGUGCGUUAUUAUUAAACCUAACAAUUAAUUGUAAUUGUUAUUUUUAUUAGUAAAUAAAUGUACCUAAAAUAGGACCUAAUAUGAUUAGGUCCUAUUUUGUUGAUUUGUUUAUUGUUUUAAAAUUUAGAAUAUGAUGAAAUGCAAUAUUUAUAUUAAAUAACCUAUUUAUUUAUAUUGUACUGUAACUAUACAUUUUCAAGAAUAACAGCUUAAGCAUAAUAUUUCUUACUUUACUAAUAAAAAUAAGUUGUAUGUGAUACUGAUAAACAUCUAGAAAGCUUGGUUUUUUCAAUUUAUUUGUGUGCUUCUUAUUUUUCUACUUCUUAUUCUUCUCCUUCACUUUCAUCCCAGCUCUCGCACGUGCCAUACACUGGCUGCCUUUGAGUGUCUUCAAAUCAAUCAACCACUUCAAAAUUUAAAACUGAAUUUAUUAUUAUUAUUUAUAGAUAUGAUGUAUACAAAUUGAUAAUAUAAUAAUGAUAAAAUAAAAUUAUUUUUCUCCUCCUUUACCUUCAUCCCAAUUAUUUGGGAUGGAUUACCCUAUCCUAAACUUCACUUAAUUUAAUCUUCCACACUUCACAUACAACAGAUAUCCUCAUACCAUUCUUCAACACAUUUAAACAUUUCUGUUUCGGUUAUCUUCUCCUCCUUUUGAUUAUAAUAUUCUUACUGCUUCUUAGUAUUAAUAAAUAUCUAAAUUUUAGGAAUACACAGAAUUACAGAGAAUUUCCAGAAAAAUAUGAUAACUGUGAAACUAGAAGAAAUAUGCCAAUUAAUGAAAAAUCGUAAGUAACAUUAAUAAGAUUUUAAUAAGUUUAACCACACGAGUACCCACACCGAGUACUGAGGUUUUGAUAAUCUAUUUAAUGAAUGUAUAUUUGUUAUUCACAGUGGAUAUUAUUAUUAAAAAAAAAAAAAAAAAAUAUUAAUGAAAAUAAUAAUAAUUAUUUAUUAACGCUACAAUCACUAUAAUCAUUUAUACAACUAUUUUUCAAUUGGUUUUAAUUUAUGAUCAGUAUCAAAUAUUAAACAAUUAUUAUAAAGAAAAUAUAUAAUGCCUAUGUAAUUAUUUUAUCAUAAUAUGGCAUAUAUAUUGUUGAUAAAGCUUCACUAUCAUCUAAACUCCACUCAGAAUAGUUUUUAGUAAGCAAUGGUUUAUCAUUACUUACAGAUACAUAUCUGUAUAUCUCUAUAUCCUACCUCACUAACAACAGUGGCGGCACCCAUCCUCAUUAUCUUAGGACAGUUUUUUCUUAAACUUUCUAUGUUUUUACCCAAUUUUUAAGAAAACUUUUCUGACAAUUGACAAUACUUUUUUUAUAUUCUAAUUGAACUAAAAAAUGUAUUUGUUUUAUUGAGUAAAUAACUUGUCUAUCACAAGUGUUACUUUAAUCAAAAACUUUUAUAAUCACCUUCUUGUAGCAUUCUUGAUCUAUUGGUACAUUGGAGUUGUAAUUUUUUUAUUUUCUUUAUAGUUCUCUUAAUAAAUUGAGAAACUAGCAAUUUUUAAUAAUUGCUUAGUUAUCUUGACAACAGGAGAUAACUAAAACAAAUAAUAAUCUGCUCAGAAUUGUUUUUUGUUUGCAAAGGUUAAUACAGAUAUAAUUUUAAUUAAUCUGUUUAACCUACUUUUUAACAUACCUCUUAAAAUAGCUACACAACUAUCAGUAGUAUUAGUCUUUUUUUUAAAUCUUGAGUGUUUUAUAUUAAUAAUUUUAUUUAAUUGAUAAAUCUAUUUUCUUAUAAAGAGUAUAAACCAUUAAAAAAAAAAAACAGGUAUUAAAUAGCUCAUAUAAGAUAUAAAAUGUUAUAGUAUACUCUUAAUAAAAUUAAUGUAAUACCAAAAGUAUUUUAUUAUAAUAACUAUUUUAUAUAUUUGGUUUAUUUUUAGAUGGAAUUUAAUUAAUGGAGAUGUUUUUAAUUUAUCUUCUGAGUACUCUAUUGCCCACUGUAUUAGCAAAGAUUUCCAAAGUUUUUCUUCUGCAUUUAAGUAUGAACUAAUUGCCAUCUUUUUUAAUUUACAAUUUUACUAAAUGCUGUUUUUUUCACUUUUCAGUUACAAGUUUGGUAAUAUUGGUUUUUUAAUGGAUCAAAAUAUAGAAGUUGGUAAUGUUUGUGAAAUUGUACAUGAUACACAGUAUAUAUUUUACUUAGUUGUAAAGAAAUUUAAAUCAAACCCAGUCUUAUUAGAUAAUUUUGAAAAAGCAUUUAAUAAUCUACUGGUUCAAAUGAAGGCACAUGGAUUAAAAAAAUUAGCAAUUCAAAAAUCUGGAUUGGAUUUCUAUUUUACUCAGAAAGUGAAAGGGUUAAUAUGUAGAAUAUUUUCUAGAUCUGAUAUUGAAGUCUAUAUAUGUACAAUGCCACCAGUGAGAGAAAAAUUGUCUUUCUUUUUAUAAUGUUUGUUUAAAUAAUUACAAUUUGAUUUAAAUUUAUAGAAGAUUCCAUUACAAAUUUGUCCUCCUGCAGCAAGAGUAAAAUCAAUUGAAAAAAACUUAUGGGAAAUGGAACCUCAAACUGAUAGAAUAAUGUUCAUUAAUUUAGAACAAGUGUAUUAUGAUUAUUGGAAAGAUGAAAUCGUUGAAAAUAUAAAUGCUUUAUAUUCAUUCAAAGACAAGUAAAAAUUUUAUAUUAUAUUAUUAUAAGAUUUUUUACUAAACUAAUACAAUUUUAAUCAAUAUUCUAAUGUCAACCUCUAGCAGUUUCAAUUUAAUGCAUUUUCAGCACAGAAUUUUUCACUAUAAUUUGUUCUGUGAUAAUUACAAAACAGUUCAUAAUUUAUAAUAUUUCAUAAAUUAAAACUUUAAUUUAAAACAAUAACUACCUAUAUUAAUGUAAUACAAAAUUAAAUAAUAGAUUUAAUUUUUCAAUAUAAAACCUAAAUCAUAUUUCCAUAUUCUCUGUAUUAAACACUAAGUGUAAGUGUUUUGAAUUUGUAGCACUAUUAUAGUUUUGUAUAUGUUAAUAGUUUUAAAAUUGAAAGAGAUAUAAAUAACAAAUAAAGAAUCAAUAUCUUAUCUUUGUUAAAAUGGUUACAUAGUUUAUCUUUCUUGAAUUUGAAUUUGUAUUUUUCAGGGGUGGUAAUUUACUGUAUACAAUUAUAUAUGGAUAUGAUUAAUACAUUUUUUUUCUUCUGAAACAUUGAGUAUUCAUUAUAUAGAUUUUAACUAAUAUCCUUCAACUUUGUUUAUAACUUUUUAAUGUAAUAUGUACUAGAUACCUAUAUAGAUACAAUAUUGUAUUGGUAUUUUUAAUCUUGAAUUACUAUUAAAGUGUUAACUGUUAACAAAUAAUUAUAUUAAAUCAGAAAAUGUCUAAAUAAAAAAUAUUAAAUAAUUAAAAACAAUACAGUUACAUCUAGGUAUAUAUCAAAGCUAAAACAUAAAUUAAUUAUUAUAAAUCACAUCUAUCUUGGUGACUUUAUCUAAAUUUAAAAUUUAAAUAAAACAAUAUAUUUUGUGUUAUUUUUAAAAAUGUAAUAAACAAUUUUAAUUACUUUAUUAACAAUUACAUUAUAACAAACUAUAUUCCAUAGAUGCUCUUCACCACAGUCGAAAUAAAAACUUUAUGUAAAAUAACUUUUAUAUUUUUUUUUAUAUAAUUAAUGUUGAAUUUUAUUUUAUUUUUUUAAAUUAAUAUAAUUUAUUUUGUACAUAUAUAGGUGUCCUACAGUGUUAUCAUUAUGCUAAUAACUAUAUUAAUAGUAUUAUUAGUAGUAUUAACUUUAUCAAAAUUCAUUUUUUUUUAAUCUGAUUUUGUGUUAUCUGGACACAAAUGUAGAUAAUAUUCAAUUUUUGUAAUAAAAAUUUUAAUGUAAAAUACUUCUUAGUUAUAGUGUCUUGGUAAUAGGAUGUUUAAUUUUUAGAAAAUUGGCGUGAAAACAAAUAAUUUUCAAUAAGAUAACAUUUUAAAAAAUAAUGAUUACAAACAGCACUGUAAUUCUUUAUUUUCUAUUCAAUGUUAAUAGUUUUCCGCUUAUUAUCUAAAAAUUAAACUGGUAAUUACUAAGAAACUAUUAAUUAGAUAUGAAUGUAUGUAACAUUAAAAUUUUUAAAAUAAUAUCUUUUAUAGAAUAGCUAUUUUGAAAAUUAUUGAAAAGUGAUAAAAUAAAAUUUUUUUUUCAAUACCUGAGAUAAAAAUUAAAAUGUAAUUUUUCCUUUAUUUGUCUCUUUCACAAAAAAUCUGUUGAGUAAAAAACAAAAAAAAUGUAAAAAAAAAAGUAAAAAAAAAAAAAAAAAAAAAAUGAAUAUUGACAUAAUUAUUAGCUAAGGAUAACAUUAGGACAUUUUGUAUAACAGAAUUAUAAUACAAUAUUACAUCAAAGGAUUUAUUUAUAAUCAGUAAAAUUAUAAUUUAACUAUUGAUUACUUCUGAUUAAUUUUAUACUGUAUGGUUUAUACAUUUUAUACACACAAUGUGACAUUCCAACCCUGAUUUUUUUUUUUUAUAAUUUCCAUAUUUUUUUUUUUUAUAUAAUCUAUUACUGGAUGUUUAAAGGUUACUUCAAGACAUGCAUAUUAAACCAAGGGCACCUGGAGAAAUAUUGAGUUAUAAAAUUCACAAUGAAUUAUUGAUUUGCAUACUGAUCAGCCCUAUUGAAAAUAAUCCUUUGUUUUAUCAGUGUCUUGAAAAAACUUAUAAUAAGAUGAAGUCACAAAUGACUGGCUAUAGAUAUUUAGCAUUUCAAAAAAAACAAAAUAAUGGAUGGAUUUCACCUAUUUGUUUUUCUCAAUGUAUAACAUUGCUACAGCUCAUUUUUAAUGAUAGUAAGGCUGAAAUUUGGCUUUGUGGUGUUCAGGAUAAUUUAAGAAAAUAUCAGUUAAAACAAUAUCAAAAAACUGUAAACACAGCUAUUAAAAACCAACAUAUAAAACCCUAUAGCAAAUCUAGAUAUAUAAAUAGAACACCAGAUAAAACAAAUUCAACUUUUAACAAUGGAGAUAAUCAAAAUGAUAUUUUGAACAAUACAACCACUGAUGUUACUCAAUUUGCUGGACAAGCAACUGACUCCCUUGGAGCUGACACUUAUGAAACAGGUAAAUUUGUAUUCAAAUAAUGAUAACCAAUAUUUACUAUGGUUUAUGAUUAACUAUACUUCAUACCAUGGGCAAAUAACAUGUAUUUUCUUAUCUUUUUCAGAGUCCUGGAAUUAAUAUUAUUUAAAAUACAAUCUAUUCUAAUUAUUGCUGAGAACUUAAUUCAUUCAAAUGCAUAUUAAAAAAUUACAAGUAUUAAAAAAAAUUAAUUUCUAGCAAAUGG